AUGCUCUGGUUCACGAAACGACGACAUAAACCUCCAUCAACCGAGGAAUCCCUUCAUGCGGUCGCUCCAACACGCGGGUUCCUCGAACACGCGUCCUCGCGAAUCGUAGAGGCCCCCACGCAGGUCCUCUACACCGACCCUAACUUUGCGGCACCACCGCCACUUAACUACUCCCUUCGAACACGCAAAUGGAGCCUUGCUAUUUUCUGGUUUUUGAUCUUCCUCGAUUGUAUUUGUAUGCCUCUCGCGUUGUAUUUCGGGCUGUGGUAUGGGACACACUUGUCGCAUAAUGCAGUUUUCAGUAUCAGUACAGGAGCUAUAGGGAUAGUCUCCGUCAUCGAGUAUUUCAUCCGCUUCCGCCGAUUAUGGAAAAAAGGUUCCACCUGCCGUGUCAUCGGCGCACGACGGUGGUAUCUUGACUGGUUCCACUGGAACCUCUCGCUCGCCUGGAUCGCUGUCAUGAUCGAGCUCAUCAUUGGCACCAUCCCCCGCGAACCCCCCAUCCGCCUCCUCGCCAUGCCCGUCCCCAGCAUGGUCUUCGCCUUCGGCCUCGAGCUUGCCCUCGUCGAUGGCCUCCGCCUCCUCGGCAUCCCCACUCCCGUUCGCAUAUCCUCUGUCCCUGCCGGCGUUCCUCUGCGCCCGGGCGUCUACAGUUUUAUCGAAGACGUAUGCGCCGUUGAUGGCUCGGGGGGUACCGAGUUCCGCCAGCGUCUGAAUUUAAGGUAUAUGGCGAGUAAGCCGUUUCGGAAGAUGUUGCAUCGCUUAACGCUGUUUUGGGCGACGGGCGCGCUGGCGAUUGCGACGGCGUCGACGGCAAUGAUUUUUACGCUGUCGAGGAAUGCCGCGUAUGUUAUUGGGUGGACGGUGCCGUUUGGGUGGGCGGCGGUGUGGACGCUGAUUACGACGAACACAAAACCAAAAUACGAUCACGUGCUCACGCGCCACCACAUCGCGGUUUGUCCACGUCAAGUCGUCGGCACAGUCGCAGCCGCGAUAGCAGAUCACGCCCUCCGGCGCAGCAAAGGAAACCUCGCUCCCGGCAAUACUACUCUCGAUGCCUCCAUGACUGACCUCUCGUCCAUUCUCCCCGCCUUUCCUACAGCGCCAUAUGCCCAUCUCCUCCCCUCACUUGAGAGGCAGAGCGUCAGCACAACUGAUCUCCUAACCCUUGACCCCGCCGCCCUCGCCAAGCGCGCAAAUAUACCCGUCGAAGAUGUCACGCGACUCUGCACCGACGUCCUCAAGGCUAUCCAGCGUGAUCUCGGCCUCACAGGCGACGACUUAGAGACGUCGCACUCCUCGCUCCGAGGUAGGGGGAACGAGAUUUCGAAGAAGUGGGAUGCGAUCAGCACCCUCGAUCCAAACCUUGAUAGUCUCCUGAGCGGUGGCUUCCCUGCAGGAUAUAUCACCGAGGUAACCGGCGAAAGCGGCUCUGGCAAAACCCAGCUCCUUCUCCUCCUCCUACUCACCGUGCAACUCCCAUCCCCUCACGGCCUCAACCGCUCCGCAAUAUACAUCACCACCGAAUCCUCCCUCCCCACCACCCGCCUCGCCCAGCUCCGCGCUGCACACCCCAUCCUCGCAGACACCUCCCUCUCGCGCGUCCUCACCAUCCCCGCCCGCGACCUCGAGACACAAGACCACAUCCUACGGUUCCAGCUCCCCCUCGCCAUCCGCCGCCAUAACGUCGGGCUGGUAGUCAUCGACUCUGUCGCCGCAAACUUUCGUGCCGAGUUCGAGCGCGGCGACGGGGGGGGGGCGGCGCAUGGCGCGAAUAUGGCGCGCCGGACGGCGGAGCUAGUGGGGCUAGGUGCGUUGCUAAGGGGCAUUGCGAGGAGUGAGAGCGUUGCGGUGGUGGUGUCAAAUCAAGUUGCUGAUCGUUUCGCACCGUUGAGUGUGGGGGAGGGUCCUCCGCGGGGCUCAUGA